GUUCAGAAUCCCACAUUAACAACAACAAGAACAUUGAAAGACCCUUUUUUAUUAAAAAAAAAUCUUGUCACUUUUCUCGAUCUUCCCUAAAAUAAAAGUGAUUAGGGCAAAGUUUGAGUUUCUUCAGAGCAUGGGUUACAUCUCCAACAACAACCUUAUCAACUAUUUGACAGUCUCUACUACUCAACCUCAUCUUCUUCUACAAGGCGGUAUUAACGGGAACGAUCAUCAUCAGCUCAUCACUGGAUCGCCAGGAGAACUCGGUGAUCGGAAAAAUAAUGUUCCGACGGCGGCGACGUCGAGAUGGAAUCCUACGCCGGAGCAAAUCACAACGCUGGAAGAGCUUUACAGAAAUGGGACACGAACGCCGACGCCGGAACAGAUCCAACAGAUAGCAUCUAAGCUCCGUAAGUAUGGCAGAGUCGAGGGCAAAAACGUUUUCUAUUGGUUUCAGAAUCACAAGUCUAGAGAGAGGCACAAACGACGCCGUCACGAAGGAGAUGAUGAUAUUUACAACGUUCGUGAACCACAACAAGACGUCAAGGAUUCAUCAUCAGGUUGCUUUCGAGCUGAGCUGACAAAUAGCUGCCCAUCUUUUCCAUAUACAAACCCACAACCACAGAAUAAAUUAGCUCCGGCGAAUUGCACUAAAGACAAGAAUAUACAUAAUGAAGAUCAUGGGACGACAGAAGAAUCUGAGAGGGCAACAGAGGAUGGCAAAGACUCCACGUGGAGAAAUCUUGUUACUUCGGUAGUAACUGAAGAACUAGGAGAGAUAAAUAUGGAGGAAAAUGGAUACAAUGUCAACGGGAUAGUAGAAGAAGAAAUAAGGGAGAUCCGAACUUUAAACCUCUUUCCGGUUAUGGAGAACCAAGAGAAAACCGACUGGUUUACAGAGGAGAAGAAUACAAAAGCAAACCAAAUGUGUUGCAACUGUUGUUACUAUGAGUUCAUGCCUCUGAAAAAUAACUGAAACCAAACCCAUGUGUGAGUAAUAAAUAGGGCAAUGGAUUUAAUGACGUUAUCGUUUGUUGUUUGUCGAGAAAUAGAUAAGUGAUGUGUAUUCAGAGAGAUAGAUAGAAGAGGAUGAAGACGAAGACGUGUAGUAAAUGUUAGGAGGGUUUGGAGAACUUAAGAUUUUUAAAAAAGGAUUUUUAAGGUUUUGAAAAUUAUAAUUAUUAGUAUUAUUACCCGAAUGUGAAGUUGGACCAUGUUGGGG